AUGAGCCGACAGGUCGCACGAGCCCUGCUGGGCAGAGCAGAGCCUCUCCUGCAGCGCCACGUGGCGUGCAGCGGAGGAGCCAGCAGCCAUGCAGUAACUAGUUACAUCGGUAACGGUCACCGCCAUGCGUGCGGCCGCGUCAAACCCCCAGUGCUGCCCGUCAAUGUCAACCCGAUGCUGUCGCCUUCGUACGGCGCUCGGCGCUUCUCCUCCUCCGCCUCCGCCGAAUCCGCUCCGAAGCACAAGCCCGACCUGCUGCGCAUUCUCGCCGCGUGCGCGCUCGGAUCGGGUGCCACCGCGGGCGUUGCGGUAUCCAUCAUGGAUCCCAAGACCUUCAGCGCGCUCUCCUUCGCGGCAACGGAUUACAUGACGCCAUUCAUCCGCCUGCUCGACCUCUCCGCGCUCUCAUUCGCGGCAACGGACUACAUGACGCCAUUCAUCCGCCUGCUCGACCCGGAGACGUCGCACCAGCUGGCGGUGCUGUCGGGCGAGUGGGGCCUCACUCCACGCGACUUCCGCCCCGACCCGCCCUCCCUUGCCACCACGGUGUGGGGGCGGCGCUUCAGCAACCCCGUGGGCAUGGCGGCGGGGUUUGACAAGGAUGCGCGCUGCGUUGACUCCAUGUUCGCCCUCGGGCUGGGAUUCACCGAGAUCGGCAGCGUGACUCCACUGCCGCAGCCUGGAAACCCCAAGCCAAGAUGCUUCCGCCUCACAGACGCAGGAAUCGCUGACGUGGCGGAGAGGCUCGGCGCGUGGCAGGCUCGGCGGCAGCAGCAGGCAGCGCAGGAGCAGAAACGGGCAGCGAACGGGCAGGCUCCAAAAAAAGAGAACGUGGUGGAGGAGAGAGUGAGGGACGGAGUGCUGGCUGUGAAUCUGGGGAAGAACAAGACGAGCGAGGAUGCGGCAGGGGACUAUGUGAAGGGCGUGCACGCGCUGGGGCAGUUUGCAGACGUGCUGGUGGUGAAUGUGUCCUCCCCCAACACGCCCGGCCUGAGGAAGCUUCAGGGAAGGUCGCAGCUGCAGGAGCUGCUGCAGCGGGAUGCGGCAGGGGACUAUGUGAAGGGCGUGCACGCGCUGGGGCAGUUUGCAGACGUGCUGGUGGUGAAUGUGUCCUCCCCCAACACGCCCGGGCUGAGGAAACUGCAGGGCUGGUCGCAGCUACAGGAGCUGCUGCAGCGAGUGCAAGCAGCGCGGAACGAGAUGGAGUGGGGCAAGGAGGGUCCGCCCCCUCUGCUGCUCAAGAUUGCCCCUGACCUCACCACUGAAGACAUGUCGGAUAUUGCUGCUGUCGCCCUCUUCCUCAAGAUUGACGGACUGGUGGUGAGCAACACGACCAUCUCCCGUCCUGACAGCAUCCUGGGUCUGGUGAAUGCGGAUGAGGUGGGGGGCCUCAGCGGCAAGCCUCUUUUUGAGCUCUCCACUGCUGUGCUGCGCCAGAUGUACUCGCUUACUAAGGUAUCUACUUCCUUUUCCACCAUCCUAAUCUCAUUUCUCUCUCCAUUCUCCCUCCCACGCUCCUACACUCUCCCCCCCUCUCCUACAUACUCUGUUUUCUCUCCCCAGCAUCUUCCCACCUGUCUUCCAUACCUCUUCCUCCCUACCCUCCCACCCCACACCCCCCUUCUCUCUCCCCCUUCUCUCUCACUCUCAUCCAAGUGA